GGAGGCCACAAAGAAGAAGAAACACGCAUCACUGGACCCCGGCGUAUACGGUCACUUUAACCGGGUCGUGCUCCAAGAGAAUUCCUUUUUGCGCCCCGCUCUGCACAUGGACGGCAUAAGCAAGUACAACGAGUUUGUGGCGCUGCACAAGCCGCAGCUGGAGUCCUCCGGUGUUCCGCUGAUCUUUUGGCCGGCUCUGUUCCAAAAACUGACCACGGAAACCUUCGAUGCCGGCGAAGCACUCCAGUUGAUGCUGAUCGACUACGAUGAGGAUGAGGAGCAGAAUCCGGCCGAGGACGACGACAGUCCCAAUCCGGUGUUCGCACUGGGCGUUGCCCGGGAGCAGGGCAUAAAGGCCAGUGAUCCUCAGGCCAUCUAUUUGAUCGAUCACGCCUGGACGUUCCGGCUGAACGGUGCUCGGCAGCAGCUGGAGCAGUAUCCGCAACUGGCGGACCGACUUUCGGCCAUCACUGGCGUUGACCUUGAGCUGGAGGAUCGCGUCGAUAAGAUCCUGCGCCGCCUGUGGAAGUACUGCCACGCCUACUCCAUCGGCAGCGAAGGCUUGUCGGACGAGGAGCGCCAGCCCAUCUGGUAUGUGAUGGACGAAGUCGGCUCGGCGGUGAACCACUCAGACGAUCCCAACUUUCGACUUGUCCCGCUGCUCUACCUGAACACCCAAACCACGUACAGUGUGCUCUUUCCGAUUCGGGACUGCGAUGUCGGAGAAGCGGUGACCCGCGAUGUGCUGGAGCACGUGGCCAAGGAUGCGCCCCAGCGGGCUGCCCUGCUUUUGCCCUGGCGCGAUGCUGACCUCACGGGCGAAAGCUUCUUGCAGGUUGAACCCCGGGCAGACUACUUUACCAGCGGUCACAUCCCUGAGACCUAUCCCAAAGACGAUACUGAUCCACUGCCAGCUAGGACACGUUGCGAUCCGCUGAAGGUGUAUGCAGAGUACGAGGUGGUGCGCCGUCAUCUAACUUCCUCCGAGUUCAUCCUAGUUAACAAUGCAGACGAGGCGGAUGUCCUGUGGCUCACACACCACUUCAAGAAUUUCGAGGAUUUUGCCGAUAGUUCGCCCGGCAAGUUCAUCAAUCAGUUUCCCUUCGAGUACGUGAUCACUAUUAAGGAUCUCCUCAGCAUUGUGGGCCGCCGGGCGGCCAAGGAGCACCAUGAUAGCCAUACGCUGGAAACGUUUCCGUCAUGGCUGCCCACCACCUAUAAUCUGUCCACCGAACUAAAGGAGUUCGCGGCCUACUACCAAACGAGAGCAGCCAAGGGCCUCGACAACCACUGGAUUAUCAAGCCCUGGAACCUGGCCCGCGGAUUGGACACACACAUCACGGACAACAUCAAGCAGAUCGUACGUCUACCGGCCACUGGUCCGAAGAUAGCGCAGAAGUACAUCGAGCGACCAGUUCUCUUUAGUCGGCAGGAGGUGGAAGGAAGCGUAAAGUUCGAUAUUCGCUAUGUAAUCCUUUUGAAGAGCGUCAAACCCCUGAAGGCAUAUAUUCACCGGAAGUUCUUCCUGCGUUUCGCAAACCAUCCUUUCUCGCUGGAUCACUUCGAUGACUACGAGAAACACUACACGGUGAUGAACUACCAGACGGAGGCGCAGCUGCAUCACGUUAAGUGCGACGACUUCCUGACCCUCUGGCAGGAACAGUAUCCGGAUAACGAUUGGUCGGCUCUGGAGCAGCAGAUCUGUAGAAUGCUGCUCGAGGUGCUUCAGUGCGCCAGUCAAGCAGAUCCACCCUGCGGCCUGGCUCCUUGUGCCCAAUCACGAGCUCUUUACGCAGCUGACAUCAUGCUGCGGUGGAAGGACGACGAGGAGAAGGUGAUGGAGCCCCAGUUGCUUGAAAUCAAUUGGACUCCGGACUGCAAACGCGCCUGCGACUACUAUCCCGACUUCUUCAACGACAUCUUCCGUCUGCUCUUCCUAGACGAAGAAAACGACGAGAGCUUCCGUGUACUGACGGCGGACAAUUGACAUUAACCCAGCCAAUAAACCCAGUUAUCCCAAAGUUAA